AGGCUGCUGAUCGUCUACCCCUGGACCCAGAGGUUCUUUGAUAACUUCGGGAACCUCUCCAGCCCCACGGCCAUCAUUGGUAACCCAAAGGUCCGUGCUCAUGGCAAAAAAGUGCUGAGCUCCUUUGGGGAAGCCGUGAAGAACCUGGACAACAUCAAGAACACCUACGCCAAGCUGUCGGAGCUGCACUGCGAGAAGCUGCACGUGGACCCCGAGAACUUCAGGCUCCUGGGGAACAUCCUCAUCAUCGUUCUGGCCGCUCACUUCACCAAGGACUUCACCCCCACCUGCCAGGCUGUCUGGCAGAAGCUGGUCGGCGUGGUGGCCCAUGCCCUGGCCUACAAGUACCACUGAGCUCCCAGAGCAGGA